AUGGGUCGUAAGAAGAAGAAGGCAUCGAAGCCCUGGUGCUGGUACUGCAAUCGAGAGUUCGACGAUGAGAAAAUUUUGGUGCAGCAUCAGAAGGCGAAACAUUUCAAAUGUCAUAUCUGUCACAAGAAGCUGUACACCGGUCCCGGCCUGUCGAUACACUGUAUGCAGGUGCACAAGGAAUCAAUCGAUAAGGUGCCAAAUUCUCUUCCCAAUCGAUCCAAUAUAGUUAUUGAGAUCUACGGAAUGGAAGGUAUACCUCCGGAAGACAUUCGGGAGCAUGAGAAGCAAAAGAACGGCAAUAGGUCCGAAUCCGAGGAGGAAGAACCCGCGCAUAAAAAAAUCAAACAACAAGAAGCAUCUGUGCCACAAGGGAUGAUGCAAAUGCAGAAUAUGAUGACUCCGCAUAUGCAGGCUGCUUAUGGAAUGAACCCGAUGAUGGGUGCAAUGGGCGGCAUGAAUCCGUACAUGGUACCGCCCGGAAUGCAGAUGAUGCCGGCUAUGAUGGCAACUGGUCCGAGACCUCUUUUUCCAGCGGGUGCUGCUGCCGUGACAGGCACGGUUGCCACUAGCUCAAAGCCGACGUUCCCCGCGUACAGCUCCGCUACCAUAAGCGCCCCGCCGACGACUAACAGUGCCAUAACAGCUGCUGCAGCUAUCAGUAACAGCAACAAUGGGCUGGCUGGAGGUGAUGCAAAUAAAGCUGCUCCUUCGUCUGUGAUAGCUAAUUCAGGCACCACAGGUACUUCAAAGAUUGUUCAUCCUCCAGAGGAUCUUAGUCUAGAAGAAAUAAGAGCACGCAAACCUCAGUAUCAAAAACAGAUACAACACGCCACCCAGCAACUGUUGCAACAAAAGCAGCAGGAAAAACAACAAGCUCAGGUUGCGGCGGCGGUUGCUGCUGCCCAACAACAGCUACAGGCACAGGCACAAGCCCAAGCGCAGUUGAAGCAACAUGCCCAGCAACUGUCACCAUUCUCAUCUGCUGCUGGGACGACACCUAUUGUCUCGAACACACAAACAACCGCCACGAUGAAGAGCAAUCAGAUGAUGUCAGCGCAAGAACAAGCAGCCGUGAUAGCGCACGCUCACGCUGCCGCAGCCAAUCAUCAAAAACAGAUCGAGGAGUUGAAUCGUGCUGCAAUGAUUCAACGAAUUCAGGCAGCGAACGCAGCUGCGGCGAAUGCUGCCGCUGCAGCCAGCAGACCGGGAAUGCCAAUUGGAAUGGUCCCAGUGUCUCUUGGAGGUCCUGUUCCGUUAAUGCCUCCGAUGAUUCGACAGGGCUUAGCGCUUGGUCCACCAGGAGGUGGUAACUUGGCGUUGUUAGGGGGAAAUAUGUUACGCCCUGGUCCCCCACAAAUGGGUCUUGGUCCAGGUGGGUUAAUUACGCAAAUUUCAACAGUUCCGGGCAUGGGUGUAGUUUUUCCUGGGGCUCCGAUGCUACCUAUGAUGCCACCUCGAUUCCGGUGA